AAGAGAAAAAAAAAACCCCAAACGGCCAAAUCCAAGGGUUCGCUCAGACGACGUGAAAGAAGAGCACCGACGACGAUGGCGUGGGCACGAUUGAUCCAGAGCGCGAGAGCAGCUCUAGUGAAAACUCACCCGUGUUCGACUCUUGGCCUCCCCAGAUUCUACUCCAAACCAGCUACUUACUUCGUGAAAGUUGGGAUUCCAGAGUUCCUAGGCGGGAUUGGUAGAGGAGCUGAGACUCACAUUGCCAAAAUUGAAACUGAGAUCGGUGACCUUCAUAAACUGCUUGUGACUCGUACCCUCCGACUCAAGAAGCUUGGGAUCCCUUGCAAACAUAGGAAACUGAUACUGAAGUAUGGCCAGAAAUACAGGUUAGGGCUAUGGAAACCUAGAGCCGACGCUAUUAAGGCCUGAUCAAGUCUCUAUGUUGAGCUGUGAGUCUCUCAUGCUGGGUUUCACUGUCGCAAUAAGUUGUAGUACUUGAAUGAUCAUUGUCAAACCAGUUCAGUAUUGAACAAUUUAAACAGUAGAAGUAAUGUUUGUUUUAAUGGUUCUAAUGUUUACGGAAGUUACUUUAACAACCUAGUAUAAUUUUGCAAUUCAUGUAAUAGUUUUCUCCA